AUGACUGCACUUCACUCGGCUGCCAGAUCUGGCGAAGAGAAUGGGAGCGUAUUCCUCGUCGCCGAGGAUGGCACCCUUCUCAGUCUUCCCAUCCCUAGCAACUCCCCUGAUGACCCUCUGAGCUGGAGUCUACGCAAGCGCUGCUUGGCCCUGGUCAUAUUGGUACUUUUUGGUGUAUUUUCCAUGGCCAUCCAGCAGUUUCCAGGUAUUGUGUAUUUGGCUUUUGAAAAGGAGUUUGGGAGUGAGCCUGUUGGACCUUUCAAUAUUGAUCAUAUAGGCACGGCUCCGACCUUCUUUAUGGGUAUGGGGGCAAUCUUUUGGGUUUUCUGCUCCAUCUUACUUGGGAGGCGGCCUGUGAUCCUCUUUUGUAUCCUUCUGCUCGCCAUCUCAACUGCCUGUGCAUCUGUCACAACCUCCCUCGUCAAUCUCAUCAUUGCCGUUUCGAUCGAGGGCUUUGCAAACGGUGCAACUCUGGGAGUAAUUCUCCUAGUCGUUGUGGAUCUUACCUUUAUUCACCAGCGGCCUGGCGCAAUCGCGGCAACCUGGUGUGUCGGAGGCACCAUUUCUCAGCUGAUCCUAACCCUGGUUCCAUACACUGUCGACGUCGGUGUCGACUGGCGCUCGGCUUAUAAGUACUGGUCCAUUCCGCCAUUCAUCCUCUUCCCCCUGGCGGUGCUCUUCGUCCCCGAGACUUAUUUCGUCCGACCACCAGUCGCCCUGAAUGGACGCAUCCUCGUCCAGGGGGGCGCGGAAAAGACGCGCAUCUACGAAGGUUGGGACCAGGUCGCCGGCGGUGGCCCACCCAUCGUCGGGACCGAGCACGGAUUCCAGAGGCACGCCGCCAUGGCCGCCACCCCCAAGACGACCAGGCGCGACGGCCGGAGCAGGAUGAAGCUGUGGCUGCGGCAGAUGCGCAUCCGCAGGGCCAAGGGCGCCGACUGGCGAUCCGCCGUCGCCUUCUUCCCGCAGCUCGCCAUCUGCCUGGUCAACCCCCUCAUCUUCUGGGUCUGCCUCUUCACCGCCGCCAACUUUGCCGGCAUGAUGCUCGUCGGCACCACCUACCCCAUGGUCCUGGCCGUGCCGCCUUACUCCCUCUCGGCGCGGGCCAUCGGGCUCGUCAGCCUGGCCACCGCCGCCGGCGCCCUGGCCGCCUGGCCCGCGUCCGGCUACCUGACCUCUCGGGUGACGAACCACCUCACGCGCCGCAACCACGGCGUCCGCCACGCCGAGGUCUACCUCUUUGCCUUCCUGCAGCCCGUGGUGGCGGGCGUGGCCAGCCUGGUGCUGUACGGGCUGGCGGUGCGGUUCGAGUGGCCGGCCGCGUGGAUCUACGUGUCGUACGGGAUCAACGCCUUCUCCUACGUCACCAACAGCGUCGCAAACACCCUCUGGGCCACGGCCGUCUUUCCGCAGUGGGCCGCCGCCGCCAUCGCCGUCGUCGGCGGCCUCAGCUCCGUCCUCAGCUUCGGUCUCACCUACGUCAUCCAGCCCUGGCUGCAUUCUCAGGGGUACCUGGGCGCGUCGUUCGAGUUGGCCGCCGUCGUGCUCGUCUUGGGGCUCGUCGUCGUGCCUGUUGCGUUUUGGGGGAGAAAUGUGCGUCAGUAUAUCAAUUCGAGGUGGGCGACCUAUGAGGCGGGUGCUAUGCGGCCUCAGUGA